AUGCCGCUCUACCAGAUGUUCUGUAUCACAAAACACUACCCUGAAUAUAAACAUAUCCGGGAACUUAUUCGUCAGUCUGCAACCCAUGUCAUGAAGGCGGGUGGCGUCGUUCGAAAGAUCGAGUCUUCGGGAACACGCACGCUCCCACAGAGAAUGAAGCGACAAGGGCCAUAUGUCGACAUUGGAGACUACUGGUCACUUUACUUUGACACGAACCCUCGGACACUACGCUCUCUGAACGGAAUUAUGCGACGCGACCCCCGUGUUCUUCGAUGGACAGUUCUCAAACUCGCCGACAAGGUCGAAGACAUUGCAAAACAGGGCGAGCAGUUGGCUUCCGGGAGAGGUCCUCUCAAUUAA